AUGGGCAGAAAAUCAGUUGUGCAGCUGUGCAACUUUCUGUGUCUGGCCACCAUUGGUCAUCAGCAACUUUACUGGUCCCACCCCAGGAAAUUCAGCCAGGUCUCCCGCUCAUGCCGAGUCUGUGCGAACCGACACGGCUUGAUCCGGAAAUAUGGCCUUAACAUUUGCCACCAGUGCUUCAGGCAAUACGCUAAAUAUAUUGGCUUCGUCAAGCUGGACUAA